AUUUAUGGUCAUCAAAUGUGAUUGUGUAUAAGUGUCAUUCAUAUUUGUAAUUGUAAUUGUGCUAAACAAUUUGCAUACAAUACAAAAUUGUCAGUCUAUUGGGACAUAGAUAUCAUUUAAAUUAAACCGUGGUAUGGACUGAUGGUCAAGGUUUAUAUUUGCAGCCUACAUAUAUUUUAAAUCACACCAUGAUAAUGGCAGGUGACAAUAUUGAAGACAGAGGUGUUGACAUUGAUAAUGAAAGACCGGGUGAGAAACUGGACCUCUGCUUGUAUUCUCACGAUGACGAGCUUCUAGAUCCUGUGGAAGUCGUUCCCUGUCCGGAGUUUCAAUUUUCCACCUUGGCCUGUCACAUCUGCAAUGGAUACUACGGUCCAAGUUUUGAAGAACCAGUAUGUGCUACAUGUCACGCAUUUUUAUUUCCCGAUGACAUUGGGACUAGACCUGCUCCACCAUUCAGCGAGAAAACAGACGAUGAAGAUUCUGGUAACGAUGAACCGACGGAUUUAUUCUACAAUCCGGAACGAAGAGUCAGUCAGCCCCAACGCGCACGUUCUGAAGCCGCCCAAAGCUCCAACAAUGAUAACAAUAAAGAAAAGCCAUUUUUAAAAGUGUCAGUAGACCCUGAAAUAUUCAACCACUUGCACGGUCCUGGGCCCUCGAACCGCGUAUUCGAGGCCAUAAAAUUGUACCAAUCAGAAGACGCCUCGACCUCCGAUGAUCCUAAUUCGCUUGAUCUGUCGGCAAUGUCGCUGCACAACAUAAUAGAAAUAAAACCCCGGACUCUGGCCGAGCGCGUGGAUGUGCUGAGCAACCACCGGCACCAGGAACACGAGCCGAUAAUCGAACCAGGUCUGGUCGAGCGACUGCCUCCGGAAGUGCUUCUGGCGGUAUUUUCUCACCUGGACGACGUGAGCCUCUGGUCGGCUGCCAAAGUCUGUCGCCGCUGGAACGGAUUACUUUUAACCCACGUCCCUCCUCAGCAGUGGCAGCAGCACGUGAGGCUCCGGUGGCCGCUUUACAAAGCGAUCGGGCAUGUCGACAACUGGUACAAAGUUUACGACCGUCUGGCUUCCUCGAUGCCCUGCAGAACUUGUCUAGCACAGAUGUGUCUGCGUUCGAAACCCGCCACCGGGGAGGAGAAUUCCUGGCGCAGGAACAGAUUGAGGAUGGAGUUGAAGAGUCUGAGGAUCGAUCCCCCAGAAGGAAUCGAAGCCACUCCUUUGGAUGCCAUGUGCUGUCAUUGGCAGGCGACCAUCACUGGGCCCAUUGGUAGUCCUUACGAAGGCGGUUUAUUUUAUUUGUAUCUCCAAGUACCUUACAGUUAUCCAAUGUGUCCACCAGUGGUGAGAUUCCUGACUAAAAUCCUCCAUCCGAAUGUCUCGAGACACGGCGACGUCGGUAUCGAUUCAAUUCAACACAACUGGUCACUGGCUCUUACGAUAUCUAAAGUGUUGAUAAGCGUCCAGAGUUUGCUUACAGAUCCCUACUGUCAAGUUUGUAUGGAACCGGAGCUCGGUGAUAUGUACACUAAUGACCGUGAAAGGUUUGAAGAAGUCGCGAGAGCCUGGACAUGGAAAUACGCGAUGCAUGAUGUGGUAACGCCUCAUUAAUUAUUGAUAAUUUACAAUUAACUGUUUAAAUCCAUAUAUUAUUUUAUAUACCUAAAAAAAUAUAUUUUUAUGGACACCAACUAUCUGCUGAACAUAAAUAUUUUCGAGACGAGUGAUAACAAUGCAUUGAUUUUAGGCAAUUAUUGUAAAUCAGUAGUGAUUAGAUAAAUAAAGUUUCAAAGUUAAAGAAAGAGAAAGUAAAUUAUGGAUGCGGUUAUUCAACAAACUGGGAGGUCUGUCGCCGUCAUUAUGACGACUCCGGGUUUCCGGUUUCCCGGUGGCCGUGGAUCCGAUCUAUAAAGUGACGGAAUCAUUGCCGCGAUAUAAUUUUCCGAUUGGUGGUGAUGCUGAUGGUGAUGUCAGUAGAGCACUGAGUAAUUACGGUGAUGAGUCGGGAUGUAGACAAGAGUGUAAUCAGCGUGUCCAAGGUGGAGCUGCACCUGGUGCAGAUAAAAGCAUAAGGAAGUUGUAUGGCUUGUGAGGGUUUUGUCGCUGAGUGCGUAAAGAGUAAACAACUGACGAAAUUACGGGUAAGGAUGAAGACAGAGGGCUUGGAUCGAGAGUAAGACCGAGCGAGAAGGAGCGACAGGGCCUGGGAGGAAGAGAGCAUUCAUUGAUCAUCAAAUCAAGAUUAACGGAGAGUAAGAGAGUUUAAACCGUAGCCGGUUGGCUUUACCCGUCGGCAAACAGCCCCGUAAUUACGCUUGGCUUGCCCGUCAUCCUGUGUACUUGGUCCUCGAAACCGCUUAUUUAUGAACUAUAAAACGUUUUAACGUGAGCUCUGUUGCCGCGUCAUUAUUACCAAUUGUUCAGCUGCAGAAAAUAAUAUUAUUUUUUUUAUUACCGUCUGUAUAAAUAUUUAAAAAAAGUUUAAUAAAAUAAAUUUGGCGCUUGCAUCAAGACCGUGAUCAAUUAGACAGGCUAGCUGGUAGCUGAUGGCUGGUGGGCACUAACUACUAGCUGAAAAUAAAUAGUGAGCAAAGGGAAUGAUGAUUUAGCCAGUAAUUAGCGGAAAAAUGAAAGAUUUAGCGCAACGGCAACCGUCAGCUCGUCCGAGGAGAGCAGACGAUUAAACUCCUAUCCGGAGUAGAGACCAGAGGUAGCAAGUAGAGAAGGUACAGCCAGGAGAGACGUUUGAGUGUAGAAUGAGCUGUGUGGAGAGCCUCGAAGGCAAGGUGGGUGGUCCACGGCACGGAGCCUGCGGGUCCUCCCUUUCUGCGUCUCUCCUCGCCGAGUCUCUCCGUCCUGGUUUGUUGGUACUGGAGACAGCAUGGGUCGAUCCUCUCGGGCCUCGCGUCUCACUCAUGCUCACCAAAGUCUCGUCUUCUUUUGCUACGUGUGUGGCCAACACCACUCGCUCUCUCUCCCUCAAGCCCCGUGAUUCUCCUCUGCCCUCGGUCGUCCCUUUCAGCUUUCUCUCUUCCACCGGUUCCUAGCUCCACCUUCUCGCUCCCUCUUAGGCUUCUCUCUGAAUAUAAGGCCGAGUCCGAGUACCCUCUGCUCGUGAAUAUCAAGGGGCCUACCCAGCCUGCUAUACUAGUGUAUAGUAGGCUCAACUCGAAACAGGCGCGAUACCUUUUACUGCCUACUCUAUACCACGAGACGCAGGGCCAACGAAACUAAAAACCCACAAGCAAACUGUCUUCUCUAUCUCCAACCCAAAUAGAACUAAACCCAAAUCCAAACUAACGGCACCACGUGGCGAGCCCUUCGAUGUCACCAAGAUAGAGAUUAAGAUUAAGUAGAAAAUACAAAACUUCACCAGAAGUUAUUUACAACACCCACCAGAAAAUUUCGUAAACUUUCUCCAUCGGCCGUAAACCCGGGAUCCAAAGUUACGAUCCUUCUAGGUAUCUAAGCCCACAAUGCAGAGCUCAACAAAAACACAUUUAUUUCCGUUUUAAAUGGGAUUUUUACUGCUAACCGGAACAGUAGGCAACCUUGAAUGCUCUACGGGCACGUUUUCGGCCAUUUAAUUCGUCAUGCUCAGUGAAAACGAAAUAACGAACAAGGUCGUAUGUUACCGCGGAUCCCCGGGCGGCUCUCCGCUGAUCACGUCGCCAGUAAAACGUCAUGGACCCACCAGCUCAAUCCCUAUGAUAUGAUGACCAAUUAUUGAUGUAUUAACAAAAUCUACCAUACAUAUAUUACCCACACACACACUUACACAUAUAUUUAUAUAUAUAUACGUGAAUGUUAUGUGGUAAUAUUACGGAUAGCCUACAGGCGAGAGUAAGAAAACGAGAAAGAAAGAGACGACGUUUGUGGGCCGACGUGUGUGGCCACGAGAAACCACGUUGUGUGUUGCAUCCGUAUAGUUGGUCCACAAUAACAGCUGAUGCUCAAUAGAAAACUUGUAUAGAGCGAUGAGCACUCUUCACAACAAACAACAACGUCCUCAUCAUUGUCAUCCACCUCUUUAUGCCUUUUUAUUUAACGCAACCCUCCGAGCUAAAUCACGUCUAUAUUUAUAUUUAAAUUAAUAUAUCAGACAUUAAAUCUUAAUAACUCGAUCAUUCCUGGUUUCAUUUCCGUCUUUACUCGCUAAUUAGUUACAGUGCGAUUUGCCAAUAAUACACAGAAAAAAAUAAUUUCUUGGCGCAAGAAAUAUUUUGUAUUAUGAAUUGAAGACAAAAAUUUUUCUUGGCUCAAGAAUUUUUUUUUCGCCUAAAAAAUUUUUUUCUUGUUCCGAGAAAAUUUUUUCUUACCCCAAGAAAAGUUUUGUUUUCACUUUAUAAUAAAAAAAAUUUCUUGGGUCAAGUAAAAAUUUUCUUAAAACAAAAAAUUUUUUGCGCCAAGAAAUCCUUUUUUUCUGUGUACCCGGACUAAACCACCCGUAUUUUUUCUCGGUUACAUAUAUAUAUAUAUAUAUAUAUACAUUUGUGAAGACCCUGGGUCAUUUUCCAAUAUAAUAAAAAUGACACAAAAAUUAAAUGAAUAAAAAUUCAUCUGCGCCAAAAAUUUGAACAUGAUCAUGCGCACUGGAAAAAGUAAUAGAAAAAAAAUAAAAUAAUAAUAAUAUACCCGUUUAUUUACACACCCUUAAACACAUUAUACGACAUCGAUAAUUAAUAUAUUAUAAAUAAAAACAAAUAUUAAUUGUUGCCUAUAGACUAUCAUACACUUAAUUUACAGUAUUGAGUUUUUUAAAAAUAAAAUAGUAUUUUAGUUUUAUUUCUGUAAUGUCUUUUGCGUUACUCGUAUCCGUUUCAUUCCCAUGUUGUUGAUGUACACAGAGACAAGCCUUAGGUUUAUUUUCGAGCAUAAACUCCCACUUUAGUACCCAAGUUUCCAAGCUCUCCAAGUAUAUAAAUUAAAUAUGUCGCAUAGCGUAGAUUCAUUAUCGCAAUCGGGUUUAUUUUAUUUCACUUAUCCUCGUCUAAUCUGUUACAUCCCACAAUAUAUCCAAUGGUUUUUU